GGAUAUCUUCCACCGACCCCAACAGACCCUCAAGUUGCCUUUUCUCUACGGACACUUGAACUGCUUCACUCGCUUUUUCGGGCAGCACCAAACUUCAGUAUCCAAAACUACUCCCGACUGCUUGCUGACAUGCACAGGACCGUGUUCCAACCCCACUUGAGAACUCAAAUUUCACUCGCGUUUGAUGUUUAUUACUGCAUCCUAUCUCGACUACGUGCUAUGGUACAGCAGAAACUGGGACAUGACACGCCAGACCACCGCCUCAAGACCUCUUGCCCAGCAUGCCAUCAUAAAGUCGAGGAUGAGCCAGAGCUCCCAAUCCAGUUUAUCGUGACUGGCGAUGGGAACACCUCCCUUUCGCGACUUCGUCACCACUUUGAGGGGGAUUCUCGUAUCUUUUUCAGCGACUAUUACAUCUCUCGGGGAGAUGUUGAUCAGUUUGCCAGUGCUCGAAAGCGUUCACAACCAAGUGCUUCAAGCCAGGUAAGUGCUUUUAGUACAGCCGUUACGACAGAGGACCCACCCAUAUCGGAGGCCUGCCUAGCCUGGAGGAAUGCCCGACCAAUGCCGUCAAAGUCAAAGUCCGGAGCUUUGCAGGUUAUGGACGAAACAGGUAUUUUUUCGGUUGUUUGUAGGCAUGGGAUCAUGCAAUUUCUCCUUGACAUGGUGCAAAGUGGAGAGCUGGCAAAGUAUCCCUUGGCUUCCGCUGAGAAGCUUAUACGCACAUUCGGUAAGAAUAUAUUAUUCGCCUAUGACAUUGCGUGUACAUUCUCUGCGACCUUGUCGAAGUCGUCCAUUGGGGCCUUGGCUAGAGAUGCCAAUUUCAGGUGUUGUACCGGUUCCUUUCAUGGUGCUGCUCAUGACAGGUCAUGCCAGCUAGACUUCCUUAUUACCUUACAGAAUGGGGCAGGCAUAGAAGAUGGUGAAGGGAAUGAACGAGUAUAUUCAGAGAGUAAUGCCCUUGCCCCAAUCAUACGACAUGCUUCCCCAUACCACCGUCACCAGCGCAUACAUAUCCACUUCUCCAAAUGGGACGAAAUUAAAUAUGAAAAAUUAGGUGAUUUCCUCUUGAACAACUUCAAAUCUGCUACGAAGAUUAUUAGCGAUGGCACGACGGUUCUUGACCAGACACAAGUGUUGUUCCCAGACUUUGAUGCAGAUCACGACUGCCCACAGUGGCUAUCUGAAGAACGAGACUAUAUCUCCUCACUUCAAUUGGAGCCCACCGAUGAGAAAGUCAAGAUUGAAUAUUUGGAAGCUAUUGAGCAUCUGGAACGCGCUGAGUAUCUCAAUUAUUCUACUAGAGCAACCACGCGUUACUGGACGUUGCAAAUUGGAAUGCCAGCAGCGUUAUCAGCGCAAUUUGGGCAGCAUGUAGCACAAGCAAUCGAUACCCUUGAAACCGCUCGUUCAGCGGUAAUGGCAAUAGAGGCCCGAUCAUUGUUCAUCCUCCCUUGGACGUCCGAUUCCCCCCAGCAUCUCGAAGCGAUAGUUCUGCGUCAACAGCGAGACUAUCAUCACAUUCUUGAUGAGCUUGAGCAGCGAGCUAUUUCACGUCAGCUUGAGCUUGAGAAGAUUGGCUUGCCAAAAACAGACUAUAAAACUCGACAGCAUAUUUCCACAUUGGUCGCCAAGCGGGGGAAAUCACUGCAAUCAACACUCCAGAAAUAUAACACCUUGGCAGCCUCGUUGAAUCCCCCCAAACCAUCACUUACGUGGCAGGACGUUACGGACCUCCACUUCCUCUCCGAUAUCAUCCUGUUACGUGGCCGUGAGGACAUCCGGGACAAGCGAUGGUUUCAGCGUCAUUUUCGUGAUGCUACACGUGCAUGGUACAAACUUCAACGCGCUCGUGAGGAGGUCAAGAUUGUUGGGAUUGAAGCUCAUCGGAUAUGGGCUUCGGUGAUCGAGGAGGAAGCUCACCUGCGUCAAGUCAUUGAGACCACUCAGCACACCCACCCCGAGCUCGCCAAAUACAUUUCACUCAUGGCUGAGUGCCGACUCAACGCAAAUAGACAAUUGCGUAGAAAACUGAAGCUUCUGGAGAAGCAGGGUGGUGUCAGCACACCUCUUCCAGCGAUUCGCAGAGUGGGAAGUCCAGGUCCCAUAGAGGAUAUGAACCAGGCUAAUGUGUCAACCUCUGAAUGUACGUCAAGUGUCCUCUUCACCAUUCCCCGCAUUUCUCAGCAUAACUAA